AUGCAGGGAGCGGUCAUGAUGACCUUGUGUGCCUGGAGCUUCGCACUGCUGGGACUCAGGGUGGAGGCUGUUCUAGUUCGCCGCGCUGGCGAUGAGCCUGAAAAGCUGCGGGACGUGGAAGCCAUCGCCCCUUUCGGAGACAAGGCAGACGGCCUCUCACGCCCGCAUGUGGAGCUUGUGAACAAGUCCGGCGUGGUGGUCCAGGCUCUUGAUGAGUGCAUCUGCGGCUUCGGCACAUUCUGGGACAGCAUCGCGCUGAAAUGUGUACCCCAGCUCACGAAAGGUGUUGCCUGUGGUGGUUUUGCACCAGAAGAUUGGCCACUGACAUGCCAGGACGGCCUGACGUGCAAACUUCCAGCAGAGUUUAACGGCAAAGUGGACCGGGAAGCGAUGAAGAAGGCCACCUGCCUGGACUGUGCUGCGAAUGACGGCUGCCAGCUGGGCCGCCAGAUGUGCCAGCGUGUCUUCGCAGUCUCCGGGCAAGCGUGCACGACGGUGAAAGUUACGGUGCCGCAAGCCAAAGCCACGAUGUCAGUCACCAAAAACGUCACCGUGAAAGCCAUCAGCACCAAGAACGCACAUGCUACGGCCAAGGAGACUGCCACGGUCUCGCAGAAGAGCGUUGAGGAGGAGGCCACGGAGAGCGCCACCGCGGAGAUCCCGAACAGCAAUCGAACUCAGAAGGCCACCGCGACGCGAUCCGCGACGGCAAGCGCCGUGGUGACGGGCGAGGCGACGGCGGACAUCAACGUGCCCUACACGCAGUCGGCCAUCAGGACCAGCACAAAGACCCGUUCGGCAGAGGGCUACGCCCAGGGGUCGGCCUAUGCCACUGCCUGUGCAUCACCAGAAGGUCCCCUGAGGACCCCGGACGCUCAGGCUGCUGCGGCCACUGCUGCCUACGCUCUGGAGAAGGCCUUCCGACAGGCGGCCAACUUCGCGCUGCGCAACGCCAAGGCCGCCGCCAUGGCCGAUGCAAAGAGGGAUGCCCUGACCCAGGCCUCCAAGGAGGCUUUCGAGGCGGCCAAGGAUGCGGCGAGCGAGGUGGCAAAGGCUGCGGCCAUUGCCAAAGCUGCCGCUGGUGUCAAGGCCUACGGCGAGUGGAAAAAGGACCAGAUGCGAAAGUCCCUGAGCAGGACCGCCAGUGACCACUGGAUUCACGUGAGUCGACCAGGAACGGAGUUCUACAAGUCAAACGCAGAGGUCGAGUUCUGCCACCCCUCGGAGCAGCAGGCCAAGUUCAGGACUCCCCAUAUCCCCGAGGAUGGAGGUGGCAUCCGUGUGCGGGAGGGCUCCAUACGCUGGGCCCCGUUCCACUUGGGGAACUACCGCGAAACAUGGACUACAGGGAAGGUGGGAAGCCAAUUUGCCAAGCAAAAGGACCAUGCGGAGGAGGUGGCCGAGCAGACGGCAAAGGCCCGUGCUGUGGCCGCUGCCAAGGAGGCUGCGGAGCAAGUGGCUCGCAAGGAGGCCCAGAAGAAGGCGUCCAAGCUGGCGGAGGAAGCUGCACAGGACAAGGCCGAGCGGCUGGCCAAGGGCGGUGGCUCCAAAGAGGAGCCGGAGCCGAAGGAGCCGAAGCCAGAGAAGGAGAAGAGCGACAAGGACGCAGCAAAGAAAGCGUCCGAAGACGCUGCCAAGAAAGAGGAGGCCAAAAAGGAGGAGGGUAAGAAGGAGGUCAAGAAAGAGGCAAAGGAUGAGAAGGAGGAGGAGACGAAGAAGGACGACAACAAGGUGAAGGACAAGAAGGAGGAGGACGAGGCCAAAAAGGAGAAGGCUGACAAGCUGGACAAGGAGGACAUGUUUGCGAAGUGGACUGCCGGUGAUGCAUUGGAGAAGGAGGCUGCCAAGGACAAGAAGGCCGCCGCAAAGGAGGCCGCAGCAGCUGCAAAGGAGGCAGCAAAAGAGGAGGAGAAGAAGGAAGCCAUGGACGCCUUCAAGCGCUGGGCGAAGGAGGGUGAGGAGUCCCAGCUACUCGCCGAGGCCUCGGCAGAGCGCGAGGCCCAGGAGCUUGCUCGGGAGGGCGCAGACAUCAUCAGGAGGAUGACGAUGCCGGGCGGACUGCUGGCAGACGAAGUUGCCCAGGAUGUCUCUUUCGUUGCGCUGUUCAAGCGCGUCCUUUCCGAGGAGGGUGUGGCUGGGUUGUAUCGGGGGCUGUUUCCUUUCUCCGCGCUGGAGGCCAUGGAGCAGAAGGCCUUGUACGUGUUGAACUAUACGGCUCUGAAAGCCCUGCUCAGGAGGCUACGAGGUCGUGAACCCGGCCUGCUGGCAACCGUUCUACUCGGGUAUAUUAGUGAUCUCUUGUGCGUGCCAAUCAGCAUUCCCAUGGAGGCACUGGUCGUGCAGCUGCAAACGGCUCCGCCCAGCAGCUCGAAGUCCGACAUAGUGCACAAGGCCCUCUUCACGCAAGAGGGCCUUCGCGCAGCAAUGAAGUCCGGGAGUGCGUACUUCGUGGUUUCGCUGAAGCCUGGCAUCGAGUUCGCACUCUUUGAUUGGAUGAAGAGCAAGAUCCUGAAUGCCGGACAUGCAGCGGCCAAGGACCUCCCACCUCUGGUGGCCUUCCUGCUCGGAGCGGUUGCACGGGGCAUCGCAACAUGCUUUGUGUAUCCCUACGUGAGGGGGAAGGCGCUCGCGCAGGCAAAGCUGGCGCCGAGUGCCUCUGCAGCUUUGCAGAAUGUCUUCUUUGACGAGGGUCCGCUCGCUCUCUAUCGUGGCCUCAGCAUGGAGGUCAUGCGGGGAAUGACCCAGUCUGCCGUCAUGUUCGCUGUUAUGGAGCGCAUCCGAUCGGAGGUGAAGUGGCGACUUGCGCCACCAUCGUGA